AUGGAAAUAGGGCUACAGAUGGAAUUUUGUAUGCAUAAAGAUGGAACCUUGAGAUUUGGAGAGAGGUUGUGUGUGCCUAACGAUUUGGAGCUCAAGAGAGAAAUCCUGAGAGAAUCUCACAGUUCAGGAUAUACAGUACACCCAAGGAGCACUAAAAUGUAUAAAGACUUGAAGAGGAACUUUUCGUGGGAUAAUAUGAAGAGGGAAUUACUCAGGUUGCCUAGGACCCAAGGUGGUAACAAUGCUAUUUGGGUUAUCGUUGAUCGAUUGACUAAAUCCGCUCACUUUCUAGCUUUUAAGGUAGGGUUCUCCUUAGAGAAGUUUGCAAAUUUGUAUAUCAAGGACAUUGUGAAGUUGCAUGUGGACAAGAUCAAUCUUAUUAGAGAGCGACUUCGCACGGCACAGAGUAGACAGAAAAGUUAUGCAGAUAACAAGAGACACGAUUUGGUGUUUGGGGUUGGAGACCAUGUAUUCCUUAAGGUGUCUCCUAUGAAAGGAGUAAUGAGGUUUGAUGUUCGUGGCAAAUUGAGUCCUAGAUUUGUUGGGCCAUUUGAGGUUUUAGAUCGAAUUGGUGAGGACAUUGUGAAGUUGCAUGGUAUUCCGAUGACCAUAGUGUCUGAGAGAGAUAGCAGAUUUGUAUCUAUGUUUUGGAGAAGUUUGCAUACAGCUUUGGGUAUUAGUUUGAAUUUUAGCACUUCCUUUCAUCCACAAACUGAUGGACAGUCAGAGAGAACUAUUCAAACCUUGGAAGACAUGUUGAGGGCUUGUGUUAUUGAUCUUGGAGGUUCUUGGGAUGAGCAUUUGGCCAUAGUGGAAUUCUCUUAUAAUAACAGUUAUCAUGUGAGCAUUUAG